AUGUCGUCGACCUCUCCCUCAAAGGAUCCUGAGGUGGAACAUGAAGCUCAAUCAGGUGAAGACCAAGAGCAAAUGGACAAGGACCAAGACACCCAAGCGCAAGGUCAGGGAGAGUUCGAGGUGAAGGAGCAAGAUAGAUGGUUACCAAUCGCAAAUGUUGCCCGGAUCAUGAAACUUGCGUUGCCGGAGAACGCAAAGAUUGCAAAGGAAGCCAAAGAGUGCAUGCAAGAAUGUGUGAGCGAAUUUAUCUCGUUCAUCACCAGCGAAGCGUCCGAGAAAUGUCAGCAAGAGAAGCGCAAGACCGUGAAUGGGGAGGACAUACUGUUCGCUAUGACCUCCCUUGGCUUUGAGAACUAUGCUGAAGCCCUCAAAAUCUAUUUGUCGAAAUACCGAGAGACUCAAUCCGCAAGGGGAGAUCAUCAGAACAGGCCCACAAGUAGUAGCGAAUAUGGCGGAAUCCCAACUGGGCCCUCAGUUGGGCGGCCAGGAGGUGCAACCGGAGGAGGCGCUUUCCCGGAUGCUGCGGAUAGCACCGGUAACAUCAUGAAUCAGACCUUAGACCCUUCUGAACAGGACACCGGUGCAUACGGAUACCCGCCCAUGGGCGGUCAGGGUCACAACGGCACGGGUGGCGAGUCCUAUUAA